AUGGCAAGGACUAAAAGACAGAAGAUUACUGGAAAUACACUUGUUGAUCAACAUGAGGAUAUAGCUGAAAAUCAUAUUCACAUUGAGGAGCCUAACUCUACAGAUGAAGAAAAUGCAGAUGAAAAUUCACCAAGAAAAACUAGAGGGCCAACAUAUAUGACAGAAAUAUGGGGUAAACCUAGUAGUUGUCAUCGGAACAAUAUAGCAAGAAAUGGAAAGUAUGCUCCUCUAGAUGUGACAGAUUGGCGUGAAAUGACAAAUGAUAAGAAGCAAGACAUGCUUGUACUGGUGAAGGAAAAAUUUCGUCUUCCUCCAAGUGCAGAUUUCUGGACUUUGAAAUCUAUCGGCAAAAAAUGGAGAAAUUGGAAAUCAGCUUUAAAGGCAAAAUAUUACAAUCCAAAUGAAUCCAUUGAGAGUCAAAUUAACAAUAGGGAUCAGCAGAUCUUGAAAGAUCAGUGGAGAAAUCUUCUGGCUUAUUGGAGCUUAGAGGAAACAAAUAUGAAAAAAUUAGGUCAUCUCCCAUCACGAGUUGACAUGUUCGAACACUGUUAUACUGACUCAAACGGAAACCCGGGAAAUGAUGACGUUACAGCUACAUUACAAGCUUUGAAGGAAAAAGUUAGCCAACUUCCCCCUGGUUCUAAUGAUGAUGUUGGUCGUAAUGAUGCAUUUGCCCAAGUAUUUGGGGAAGAUAACAAUGGGCGUGUGCGCAUGUAUGGUCUAGGUGUGACACCAUCAGACAAAUAG